CCACCGGGCAGCGAGGCGCUCAGGUGCUGUUGUCAGGAUUGAUUGGUGUUGUUUCAUGGAAGAGGCCCCUUUCACUUGUGAUAACCUUUUUCAUGCUGCUGUCUGCAGUGUGUGUAAUGCUGAACUUGGCUGGUUCCAUUCUCUCUUGUCAGAACGCUCAGCUGGUAAAGUCCCUGGAAGGAUGUCAGUUGAUUAAAUUUGACAGUGAUGGUGUCUGUGUUUGCUGUGAAAUGCAGCAUCAAACAUCAGGCUGCAGUAACUUGGGAGAAACACUGAAACUGAACCCUCUGCAGGAGUGUAAUGUUGUAAGGCUGACCCUAAAGGACCUGUUGUUCAGUGUGUGCGCUCUCAAUAUCAUCUCCACCAUUGUCUGCGCUUUGGCAACAGCAAUGUGUUGCAUGCAGAUGGUUUCUUCUGAUCUUCUGCAAAUGCAGGAUGAUAUCACACAGUUUCUGCCACAGAGGCCACAUUCUACCAAUCCUGACUGCAUGACUCCACAUGGAACUAUCCUGCAGCAAACCUUGGAUUUUGAUGAGUUCAUACCACCAAUACCGCCUCCACCCUACUACCCCCCAGAAUAUACCUGCACACCAGUGAUAGAGGCACAGAGAGGUCUGCAUUUGGACUUUCCUCACUCCCCAUUCAGUGCUUUAUAUGAAGUAACCAUUAACAGCCCAGGAAUGCUGUAUCCAACUGAGCUGCCCCCUCCUUAUGAGGCAGUGAUUGGAGAGACGCCUGCCAGUCAGGUCACUGGUACUGAUCAGCAAGUAUCCGAAUCAAGCUUGGGUGAGAGGAACAUGACCCUGGACUUCAGCACACAAGUUUCUGUUGAGAGCACCUCUUUGAUGGUCUCUGAGGCUGUUGAUAUCCCAGACCGUAGCUACUCCUCUGAAGAUCUUUGUUCGCUGGAAGUUCAAGGAUCUCUCCAUUCUGCAGAUCUUUCUCCCUACUGUACAACCCCCAAAGGGGCUACGGACCAGAGCUGCAGCACUCUGGAUUACAGCACCCGCUGCAGGUUCCACAGAACUCGCUCAGAGGGUUUUCCUGAUGAGGAUGACAGUUCCCACAGCCGAGCCUCUACAGACAGGUCUCAAGGACCCGAAAAGAACUGUGCCCACGGCAGGUCCUUGGACUGUUCCUCAGAGAAUUUCAGCCCCUCAGAAAGAGAACUGCAGAGGUCUGCUCAAGAGAGCAAUGCUACGCCACCCUUGAAGCAAAGGAAAAUCUGCUGUGCGGACUUUAGCCAGCCGCCUCUCCCUUCCCAGACCUCUCCUUGUUUUGGGCCCGCAAAUACUUCAUCAUACGCGAGCGGCCACGAGAGUGCUGUCCAGCAGCAUCACAUUACAAAAUACCGAAUUUCAAAUAUAGUCCGAUCAACUAGUGACCCUGUGUCAUGUUCAUCUUAUACAGAAGGUGAUCAUUGUGCCUGGACUCCUACAUGUAGCCAGCGUCGAGAUGCAGGAUUAUCUCCAGCUUCAUUAGAAACAGUUCCUGUUUCUGGUUCUCAUAUGGCUGCCUCUGCUUGUCAGCAUUCUUUGAGCAGUUUCCUACCAACUGGAAAACAGAGGAAUACAAGGAAAAUUGAUCUACACCUAAAGCCAAAGGCUUUGCACACAGUCUCAAAAGAGCGACCACACUCUUUAGUGGACCUUAAGGCCUAUAAAGACACAAAAAUUUUAGUGGCAAAAUUUUUGGAGCAUUCAAACUGUAAUCUCCCUCCAGAAGUACGCCACGUAGUGAACAGCAUACGAUCAGUAAUAAAAUCUGAUGAGAGACACAUGGAAGAAGCCAUCUUCAGUGCCAACAUCAUAGACCAGGUAAUUACAAGUUCCCAGCAGAAUGUGAGUACCUCUAGAAAGCGACUUCAAGAAGACCUUCAUCUUCAGAGCUGUGGUGCUCUGAGCUCUCCAGUUGCCUUCUUACGUAGGUCCCAUAUCACUCCCAGUUUAGAGCGGGACAGGCCUCACAGUUUAAUUGGAGUUUGCCGGGAGACCAUCCUUUGAUAAUAUUCGCAGGUAUGUGAUUCCAGCAAAGAGAAUUAAGGAAGAAACCAGGACUGGGAGAAAUACAAAUAGUGGAUGACUUAAAAAGGAAAAAGUGUCUUCCUUUGGAAUUCCACUUUUUUCCAACAGCAGGAGGAGAACACCUGUUUUUCUGAAUGUAAAUUUCAGCCCUGAGUUUUGCAAAAUUUUAACUGAUUAGUAAAGUCAUAACAAAUGUUUUCCCAACCAGAAAUGCAUUUAUUUUACUGUACCGAUAGAAAUGCUACUGAUGCUGCCUAGCAUUUCUUGAAAACCAUUGCAAAACUGCCAGAGACCGGCUGUACAACUUAAAAGUUGUAUUUAUUUAAUGUACCUCGAAGUGUUUUAACUAUGAUCAGUGUUUUAAUAAAAAGUAU